AUGGCGGUAGGAAAUUCAUCUGCCUCUCGACCAAAAGGAUGCCAUAUGGGCAAAGAGAUAACCCCUUCUGUCAAAAUCUUUCUGGGUGUCUUUAUUAUUCUUUUGGCAUUAAUCGGCGUAAUUGGUAACACCAUUGUCAUCAUCGUGCUGAGAAUUAAAAACAUCUUCACUAGAAAGGCUACGAGUUUGAUUUUAACGAGUCUUGCCGCAGUAGAUCUACUUGGUAGCAUGGUGGACAUCCCACUAGCUUUUGGCAUCAUGGUUGCAAGCCUUCCUGAUGAACAACUGUACCGCCUAUCUCUAGCUAAGGUUGUAAUUGGUCCAUUGUUCUUCCUGGGUUACAUUACCUGCUUCUUCUUGCUCAGCUUGGAUAGGAAUGACGCCUUAAGAAAAACCUCAAACCGGCCAGCGUUGUUCACACCAAAGCGAUUAGUUAUAGUGUUAACUCUGUCACUUAUAUUUGGUAUUGCAAUGUCUUUGCUGUUUGUUUUCAAAAGCGAAGAUCCAAGUCCUCUCGUUCCACUAAGAAUGGAGCCACGAUUAUUAACAGUCAUCCGAGCAGUGUUAUUUCUAGUCUUCGUGAUUGCCUUCUUCUCGAACAUUUAUUUUUAUCUGAAGAUAAGAAGACUGAUUAAGAACCAUUCAGAAAAUGGAGCCGCCGGUUUCUCUCAGGUACAGAGAGAAAACUGGCAAGUGAAGGAGAGGAGAGUUUCCUGGACAGUGAUUCAACUCAUCCUGGUUGUGUGUCUUUCGUAUAUUCCUUAUACCGUAACUUCGAUUAUCUUUUUGAACGCCGACAUUGUCGACAUGCGCGUAUUGAAUGCCGUAGCUGUGUGUCGCUCGCUAACCUAUCUUAAGUACGCUGUCAACGCGUUUGUUUUUACACGACUUGAUGGAAAGUUUCUGAGGGUUUUCGUUGACAUAUUUCGACGAUUCCACUCAAACAAAAGAAAGAUCGUCGCAAAAUCACCCAGCAGAGGAGUUCAUAGCAAGAAGAAAGAAGAACAUCCGGACGCAGCAAAGGUUGGUGAUAUCACUUAA